CAGCUCUGCUAUUUCGAUUCGGUUUAAUUUGGUUCAGUUCAAUUAGAUGAAAACCACUCAAGAGCCCUAAUUGUGGGCGAACCUGAAAACCUCCAUGGCUCUUCUUCUGCUCCGUACUCUUCAGAAAGCUCGCAUUUCUCCUUCUCAUUCUCCAUUUCAUCCCAGAAGAACCCUAUUUUCUUCGGCUCGAUGUAAAUCUCUGUUACAAACUCACCAGUCGUCACAAGACAUCACCACCUCGACUUCAGUUCUCCCUUCGCGGCGAUCCUACGCCGCGAUCGCGACGGCUAAUUCCCCCUUCCGAUCCAACAUCCUGCGAAUUUUAAGAAAUGAGAUCCAGUAUCAAUCGGAUUAUGCUCCUCCGCAUCAGCCAGCGACUGAGUUCAAAUCAUACUCCGUCCAAGAUUGUCCCGGCGAGCAAUGCAUCGUGAUGAAGGGAAAUUUUGGAAGAGACGAGACAAUCAAAAUGGAAGCAACUAUGUUUGAUGGGUUUAUGACUGUGCCAAGAACCGGUUUAGAUGCUUCAGGGCGCGAUCUCCGUCUCCACAUCAGCUUGCUUGUCGACAUUUCCAAGGCUGAUGGAAGUGAAGAGAUCGAGUUCCUCUGUUCCGUCUGGCCUAACCGUAUUGAAAUUCAAAAGCUUUACAUGCUUAGACGCAACCAAGUCACUGGUCAGCCUUACAUGGGACCCAAAUUCGAGAGUUUGAAGUAUGAUUUUCAGACAGCGAUUAAGGAGUUUUUGCGAGUAAGAGGAAUCGACGGGGAGCUUUGUUUUUUCUUGCAUGAAUAUAUGAUGAAUAAGGAUAGGAUUGAGCUCAUUCAAUGGUUGAGAAAGCUAAAUUCAUUCAUCGCCAAGUAAACACGAAUCUUUUUUGUUGUUUUUGUCUUGACUACUUUUGUCUUUAGGUGCAUAAUACUUACUUAGAGUCAAAGACUGGUGCGGCCUUUUUGACUGCUUCUCUGAAACAAAACGGCCUUAGAUGAAUAAACAAGAAAACUUGGGCCCAUUCUCCUUUAGGAUGGAUUGUUGAACUGUUAAAUAAAUUUUUUUUCUUCCAGUAAAAUUAACUUUGGAGCCACUCGACAUGUUAAAACACUCUCAAAUAAUCAAAUCUCA